ACCUCGGCGCUCCGCAACACAGUUAGGUAGAAGUUACCGUGAGAACAAACAAGCAGGGAAAAGGAGACCAAAGGAGAUUUUGGGCUAGGGGAAAGGCGUUGCAGGUUUUAAUGAGUCUUUCUCUGGUUGAGGUGAUGGGUGGUUCCGGCACGUUCUGACUGCUUCUUCCUCUGUAAUGAGACAGUGGCAGAGUGCAGCAGUGCUGCCUUUGUGAAGAGGAAGGAGGAGGACUCUCAGCAGCUGCAGUACAGAGAGGAGAGACCAGGACGCCGUCAACAACGGUCUCCCUCCCCAGCACCGUCUACACUACCUCCUAGUGAUCUACUUUUAGCAUCUCUCUCUCUCCCUUCCUCCUCGCGCUCUCUCUCUCUCACUCCCCCUCCCUCCUUUUCACUCUCUUCUCACCACGCGCUGAUCUCUCCCUUGGCGCUCUCAGCUUCCUCGCCGACGCAGUGACAGCCAGCCUCCUGAGCUUCCCGUGUCCAUGUCUACUCUGCUUGUGACAAAGAUUCAGACGGUUUUUUGACCUAAAGACUGACGAGAAUCACCCACUGACCCUCUUUUUCUGUUCUUUUUUUUUUUUUUUUUUUUUGUGCUGCUGCUUGCAUUUAUUUACCACCGCUCGGCAGUUUUUAAUGCAUGAUGUUUUGAGAGGGCUACAAAACCUGAAGAGGCCAGGGUGGAUUUCAACUUUGCUAGUCUACUGAUUUUGAUCCACGCUACUUGUUUAGUUCCUUCUGUAGAACUAUUCGUAGCCCUACUCACGUGGAGACACUGCGGUUUGUUUAUUCGGGGGUGGGGGGGCCAUGGAGGUUCAAGGAUUUCUCCCCAUCAGUUUGCAGAUCUGUAGAAGAUAAGGAGGUUCAAGGAUUUUUCUCCAUCAGUUUGCUUAUCUGUAGAAGAGGCGUUCUGGAGUUUUUCUAUAAAGCCCUAAGGAGGACGUCUCUUCGUUGUUUAAUCACCUUUUCAUCCACUCCAAAGUUUUCGGUCAUUUUCUGCAGCUGAAUACUUGCCGGGAUAGUUUCGGUCAUUGUUUCCCCAUACUUAUUGGAAGGACACCAGUGGCAUGCUUUUGAGGCCCACCGUGCCGGGGCUUUGCGCAAUGUUGCAGACGAUCUACGAGACAGAGUCCUGCUUCUCCUCAGACACUGUGUCCAGCACGGAGCAACCUCUGGACCUGCUGCCCCAGUCCCGAGUGCCCGCCAUGCCCAGUGCUGCUGUGGAGGUGAAGACCCCUGUCCCCUCGGGGAUGCAGAGCCCAGUGGGCAGCGGGGAGCAGGGUGGCGGAGGUGGUGGGGGCCCUGUGGACCUGAGGACGGACAACAGGCUGGGACCCCUGUGUGGAGGAGGUGGCGGGGUGGACCCAGCCAUGAGGGAGCAGCAACUACAGCACGAACUGCUCCUUCUCAAGCAGCAGCAAGAACUUCAGAAACAGCUCCUUUUCGCCGAGUUCCAGAAGCAGCAUGAGGUUCUCACACGCCAGCAUGAGGUCCAGCUGCAGGAGCACCUGAAGUUCCCCCUGGCGUCCCUGCAGCAGCAGCAGGAGAUUCUGGCGGCCAAGCGGCAGCAGGAGCUGGAACAGAAGAGAAAGCUGGAGCAGCAGAGGCAUGAGGAGCUGGAGAAACAAAAGUUGGAGCAGCAGCUCCUAAUGCUCCGCAACAAGGAGAAGGGCAAAGAGAGUGCCAUUGCCAGUACCGAGGUGAAACUGAAGCUCCAGGAGUUCCUCCUGAGUAAAAAAGAGCCAGGAACCCCCGGCGGACUGAACCAUUCCUUCCCCCAGAAAUGCUGGGGUGCCCACCACACCUCUCUGGACCAGAGCUCCCCCCCUCAAAGCAACACUCCAGGGACACCUCCCUCCUACAAACUGCCCCCGUUACUUGGGUCCUAUGAGGGCAAGGACGACUUCCCCCUCCGCAAGACUGCCUCCGAGCCCAAUCUGAAGGUGCGCUCGCGGUUAAAGCAGAAGGUGGCUGAGAGGCGGAGCAGUCCUCUGCUGAGAAGGAAGGACGGGACAGUGAUCAGCACUUUCAAAAAGAGAGCCAUUGAGGUCUCCGUGUCCUCCAUGUGCAGCAGUGCGCCUGGCUCCGGUCCCAGCUCGCCCAACAGCUCCAACAGUGCCAUCGCAGAGAAUGGCUCCAGUGGAUCGGUCCCCAACAUUCACACUGAGCUGCGGUCCCUCCACCAGACCCUUAACGCCGACGGGAGCGUCAGCCCGCUGAGCCUCUACACAUCGCCCUCGCUGCCCAACAUCUCCCUGGGCCUGCCUGCCAACUCGCACCUUACUGCCAACCAGAAGCUGUUGCAGGAGGCGGAGAGGCAGGCCAUCCAGACCAUGCGACAGGGCGGGGCUCUGACGGGCAAGUUUGUCAGCAGCUCGUCCCUGCCGGCGUCAUGCCUGCCGCCUGGGAUGCAGCACGACUCAGACCCCCCCCAGCCCCCCAACAGCCACAGCAGCCACUCCUCCCUGCUGCAGCACGUCCUCCUGCUGGAGCAGGCCCGGCAGCAGAGUGCCCUCCUCUCAGUUCCAAUGUACGGUCAGUCGCCGCUGGUGACGGGCGAGCGGGUGUCCAACAGCAUGCGCACGGUGACCAAGCUGCCGCGCCACCGACCCCUGAGCCGCACCCAGUCCGCGCCCCUCCCCCAGAGCCCACAGGCCCUGCAGCAGCUUGUGAUGCAACAGCAGCACCAGCACUUCCUGGAAAAGCAGAAGCAAUACCAGCUUAACAAGAUUCUCUCCAAAGGAGUGGAGCUCCCUCGCCAGCCACCCACCCAUCCCGAGGAGACUGAGGAGGAGCUCACAGAGACGCAGGAGAUGCAGGAGGAGGGUUUAGGGAUGGGGCCUGAGCAUCUGGGGGAGGCGCGACCUCAGGAGCAGAGACUCCCCAAGGAAGGGUCAGGGGAGACGUCGCCAGCCUCAGAACACCUGCUGACCCCGCUGAAGGGCGAGAGCACCGAGAGCGACUUGGAGGAGGAGGAUGAUGAAGAUGAGGCCAUCCAGCUGAGGGAGUGUGAUGAGGAAGGUGUACCUUAUGGCCAGUUUUCGGACCAGCAUCCCCUGCAGCAGCUCAAUGUGUUCCAUGCGUCCUUGUCCCUCUCGGGCUUGCCCCACAGACCUCUGGGAAGGGCCCAGUCCUCACCUGCCACUGCCAGCCUCAAAGGGACUCCCGUUGGCGAUUUCCCCAUCAAGCACCUCUUCACUACCGGGCUGGUAUACGACACAUUCAUGCUGAAGCACCAGUGCAUGUGUGGCAACACCCACAUCCACCCGGAGCACGCCGGCCGCAUCCAGAGCGUGUGGUCCCGCCUGCAGGAGACCGGCCUGCUGGGCCGCUGUGAGAGGAUCCGAGGAAGAAAGGCCACGUUGGACGAGAUCCAGACGGUCCAUUCGGAGUACCAUGCUCUCUUAUACGGCACCAGUCCUCUCAACAGGCAGAAACUAGACAGCAAGAAGCUCCUAGGACCAAUCAGUCAGAAGAUGUAUGCCGUGUUGCCCUGUGGAGGUAUUGGGGUGGACAGUGACACCGUGUGGAACGAGAUGCACUCCUCGGGCGCUGUCCGAAUGGCUGUUGGCUGCGUCAUCGAGCUGGCCUUUAAAGUGGCCGCGGGUGAAUUGAAGAACGGUUUCGCCGUGGUGCGCCCCCCGGGACAUCACGCCGAGGAGUCCACUGCCAUGGGUUUCUGUUUCUUCAACUCCGUGGCCAUCACAGCCAAGCUGCUCCAGCAGAAGCUGGGAGUGGGCAAGAUCCUGAUAGUGGACUGGGAUAUUCACCAUGGUAACGGGACACAGCAGGCCUUUUACAACAACCCCAACGUGCUUUACGUGUCCCUGCAUCGCUACGACGACGGAAACUUCUUCCCUGGCAGCGGGGCUCCUGAGGAGGUGGGGGCUGGACCCGGUGUUGGCUUCAACGCAAACAUUGCAUGGACGGGAGGCGUGGAACCGCCCAUGGGCGACGUGGAGUACCUGACCGCCUUCAGGACAGUGGUGAUGCCCAUAGCCAAUGAGUUCUCCCCUGACGUGGUCCUAGUGUCUGCUGGGUUCGACGCUGUGGAGGGUCACCAGUCUCCUCUGGGAGGAUACAGUGUCACCGCUAAAUGUUUUGGCCACCUCACCAAACAGCUGAUGAAACUGGCUGGGGGACGCGUAGUCCUGGCCCUGGAAGGAGGUCAUGACCUCACGGCCAUCUGUGACGCCUCCGAGUCUUGUGUGGCAGCCCUGCUCGGUGACGAGCUGGAGCCUCUGCCUCUGGCGGUCCUCCAACAGAAGCCCUGUCCCAAAGCUGCUUCCUCUUUGGAGAGGGUCAUUGAGAUACAGAGUAAACACUGGAGCUCUCUCCAAAGGCUGGCUCCCACCGUCGGCCUGUCCCUGAUGGACGCCCAGCGUAGAGAGAAGGAUGAGGCCGACACAGUCACCGCCAUGGCGUCGCUCACUGUGGAUACCGAGCAGGCCGCCGCCUCCGCCGCCUCCACCGAGACCAACAGGUCUACCGAAGAGCCAAUGGAAGAGGAGCCUGUCUUAUAGGAGAAGAUGGAAAGCGUUCUCACCUUGGUCUCUACAUCCUUGUGCACUAGCCUUCUCCUGUCACAGCAUCCACUCCUUUUUGCAGCUCUCCUUAGUCGCGCCUCCCUCUAUCUUUUUAGGAGGACUGAUGAGCUUAUGCUAUCCCCACCUGAACUCUGCCACACUGAGGUGAGUGUGUUCAAAUGUGUGAGAGGGGACACGGAUGAGGCACAACUGACCUUAAAGGGGAAGCAGUGGAUGUGCAUGAUUGGUGGAGAAGCAGGAAGAGGCAGGACCUUUUGAGGAUCCUGUGUCUUUUGAUUUUUGAUUUCAAAUUUCAUUUUUUGUAUUCCUGGACAUAGAAAGCAAAAGUUGUGGAUUCAGGACGGCGCUUUGGCUUGGGGCCGAGAGGCUUUGUGCAUUUCUUGUGCUACUUUAUUCUUUUCAGGAAGAUUUGGACUGAAAAAUCCAACAAUCAGAAAACAGCCACAAAUACACUCAAACUCCCAUGCAUUAUAAUAUACACUAAGUUCCCCAGAGAGGAACAACUAUGGGGUUGUAUCAAUGAAUUACGCUCUUCCUUUCAGAGCAUGUGUACCUCUGUUCCUAUUUCCUGUGUUAUUUGGUAUGUGUCUGUUCAGUUAUCUGUUUAAAGAAGCACACAAACGUAUUAAUGUGAUAUAUGUAUAAGCAUAUAUGUGGCUUUAUAUGUGUGCUAUAUACACAUAUAUUCCUUUCAAUGUCUAUCCGAUAUCAGCUGUGCUUGCAAGUGGAGGUCGAGCUUUGGAGCCUGCCAAGAGGGACUUACAAUUCUCCAAUUCACCCAUUUCUUUUUUUCUUCUGGAAACCUCAGCUCCCUCCACUUUGUAAAGGACGGCGUGAAUUUUGAGGGGGGUUUUUACCCUUGACUUUGUUUGGACUAUCACGAAGACACACAAACACACUUGCGUACCAACACUCAAACUCACCGCCUGAUGCAAGGGAAGCCCACGGUUUGGACGAGGAAGGGGUUGGAGGAGGAUGUACGGAUUAGAAACCUGUUCCUGCAUCAGUUUGAGUUACGUUUGCUGCGGAGACUGUGAGGAUUCUUGCGGCAGUCGUUGGACUGAAGGAGGAAGUCUUUAGAAGAAAUUGGUGCCUUUUAUAUUAAAUAUCCCAAAUAACACUAACCACGCCACCACCACUUAGCAUAACACGAAAAAGAAAGACAAAUCCACACACUUGUUACUCUCAUGUCUGUUUUGUUUGUGUAUUUGUUUGCUUGUUUUUUUUGUUGUUGUUGUUGUUUUUUUUUUAAAUGCCUUAAUUUCCUCCAGAGAAUGCACCGUUUUUAGCCAUGGCCGCAGAAAGAGCAGAGCUUAGAUUCUUCUCUUAUGUCCUCUCUCUUUUCCCCCUUUUUCUUUCUGGGUUUGUGUAAUACUUAAGUCAAAGGUCAGUGUGGCCUUAACAACGUAUUCGUAUCUUGGCGUCCUUUAUCGAUCCCUGGCAGUACAUACGCAGCUGACAGUAUGAUUGUGAGGAAAUUUGAACUCCACAAUGACAAUAUUUGUGUUUUCUUUCUGUCACUAAAGACUUGGUCAUGUACAGCUCUGGGUAGCCGCUCAUCCAGAGAUGUUUCAAUAACAAACUCUUGUUUUGCAAUUUAUUUCAGGAGAUCUGAACUUGGUCACUUUUUUUAAACAAACCUUUUAUUUUGUAAAAAAAAAAUAUAUAUAUAUAAAAUAGAUAUAUACGAAUAAUGAUUAAGUGUUAAUCCAAUCAAAUUGGAUGUGAAUAUAUUUGAGAAAUGUAAAAAAAAAACAUUUAAUGUUAAAGCACAUUGUAUUUCUGUUUUCCUAAUCAAUGGUUUGUCUGUUUUCUAAGUGGUAUUGGGAUUUCUUUUUUUCAUAAAAAAGAGACAAAACGGAAAUGUCAAUUUAGCGAUAUGGAGGUGGAUCUCAUUUGGUAAAUAACGAUGAGCAAGCCCCUCUUUAGAUGUUUACACUGCAAUACCCCAACCCCUAAAACUGUUGUCUACCGGUCAGCUGACAAACCCUUUCACAUUAUUUGUGCCAGUUGCUGGUGGGUUUUCAUCAAGUGAUGUAAGCAUCAAGUGCUGUCACUUGAUGCCUACAUGACUGAAAAAAAUCAAAAUAAAAUACUAGGUCUUUUGAAAAGGUUUAUUUUUCCAGUGGGAGUUCAUACAUUAUCCGUUAUAAUCAAGGUUAAGGAAUUAAUCCUAAUCAAAUAUAUCUGUGUGGAAUCUGAAAUCGCCCGUAACCAGCAUACUCAAGACAAAGAGCGAUUGUCUACAUUGAUCUUUGUGUUUUAUUUCAAGCAAUACACCACACUAUUGACAGCGUUUUCUGCAUCGCGUCUGUCCCAUAGUUAUCAAGGUCAAACACAAUCAUUAAGGAAUAGGCUAUUUCUUUAGAGGUCUUCCCACAAAUCAUGUCUUUGUUUCUGUAUCUGUCCAUUUGCCAGCACAAGGCACUGUUGGAACUUUCCCACAGUUGUAUAUUGAACUUAUUUAUCAACAUAUUGUCAUAGCUAUACAGUGAUGAGGUUUUCAGGAAUAUUAAAGGGGUAUUUUACACCAAGCACCCUCACUAAUAACCUUUCCUCACAUAAAACACAAAGGGCUAGCCCAGUUCAAUUCCAAAUCAAAGUGUAUUUAAGGUUUUCGCGCUAUAUGAAGGAUAUGUCAUUGGAUGACUGAGGAUCAAGCUGAAUGGAGAAAUUCUGGAUGAAUGAGAAGGAUGGAAACCAUUGGAUUUCACCAUUGUACAUUUCUCAUUUUGGAAUUCAAGCAUAUAGCUGUAUCUACCUUGCAUAGAGUGUUGGACUUGGACUCAUGUUGAAAACGUAUUAAAUUUGACUUUGUCAUUGAACUACCCCUUUACAUUCAUACAGGCAGUCAGUGUUAUGUACAGUACCAGUCAAAGGUUUAUACACACCUAUUCAUUCAAGGGUAUUUCUUAAUUUUUAAAUAGUAAAAUAAUAGUAAAGACAUCAACACCAUGAAGGAAGACAUACGGAAUCAUGUAGUGUCAACAAAAAUCUAAAUACAAUUAUAUUUUUGAUUACUCAAAGCAGCCACCGUUUGCCUUGAUGACAGCUUUGCACAAUCUCUGCCAGCUUAAUGAGUCUCUCAGCCAGCUUAAUGAGUUAGUCACCUACAGUCUUGAAGGCGUUCCCACAUCUUCUGAGUACUUGCUGGCUGUUUUUCCUUCACCUUGCUGUCCAACACAUCCCAAACCACCUCUAUUGGGUUGAGGUACGGUAAUGGUGGAGGCUGUGUCAUUUGAUGCAGUCUACUUCUUGGUCAAACAGUCCCUUGUACAGCCUGGAGUUGUCUUUUGGCUCAUUGUCCUGUUGAAAAACAAAUGAUAGUCCCACUAAGCGCAAACCAGUUGGGAUGGCAUUUUGCUGCAGAAUGCUGUUGUAGUCAUUCUUGAUGAGUGUGCCUUGAAUUCUAUAUAAAACAUAGUGUCACCAACAAAACGCCCCCACGACUGCACUUGAAGAAACCUUCCAGAUUGACUGACCUUCAUGUAAUAAAGUAAUUAUUGACCUUUACUGUCAUUUUUGUUUGCUUGUUUGAGCUGUUGCCAUAAUAUGGACUACUACAGUACAUAUGUCUUCUGUAUACCAACCCUCUAUAACACAACUGAUGGGCACAUUAAGGAAAGAAAAUCCCCAAAUGCGUACCUGUUUAUUGAAAUGAAUUUCAGAUGACUACCUCUGAAGCCUGGUUGAGAUAAUACAAAGCUGUCAACAAGAUGACAAAGAUGACAUUCUACUUUGAAGAAUCUACAAUAUGAAAUCGAUUUUAUUUUUCUUCACACCUUUUUUUUGGUUCCUACGUGAUUCCGUAUGUUAUUUCACCGUUUUGAUGUCUUCAGUGUUUGACUGGUACUGAACCUCCCAGGGUCUUGCUGACUGCCGUCGGUUGUCAGUGUUUUCUGUGGUGGUUGCCAGCGGUACUUCUUCCCAGGUGGAACACAUGUGCCUGAUGUCACAAAACAGAACAGGCAUUUGCCAUUUGACCGAACUCUAAUCAUGGUGUCAUAUGACCGCCAUGUCACCAGGGCAAGAAUUUAAACAUUAUUUUCUUCACAUGUGAAUGGAUGCCAUUGUACUCACAUAUGUAAUAUACACAGAGACUCCUACUUCCUUUACGUGUGUGCGUGUGUGUGUGCGUGUGUGCGUGUGUGUGUGUUGGGGGCGUGUGUUGGGGGCGUGGUGUGGGGGGGGCGGGCUUGGCUUACAGUAUAUGGGACUACUGUGACCUAGUUUUGUAAUGUUUUGAUGUAGAUCACUCACCAUUGAGAUGUUGUGCACAGUUUUGUAUCUUCAUCUUGUAAGGUAUACAGAACGCUUACUGGGCUGUCCUAUGGGGGAGAUGAACGAAAGAGUGACCCUAUUUUUUUUGAUCGAACAGACUCUGUACCUUUCAACCACGUUGGUUUGAGACGGAUGUGUGUUUACGAGGUCAGGGCUUUUUAUUUUUUAUGGCUAUGGUAGCGGGGCAACAAAAAGAAAACACUCACACCGAUAGAGAGGCUACUAAGAAUAGAGGAAUGUUUUUGUCUUGCCUUGGACACAACAGCUAUUACAAGUGGUGACCAUGCAGAUAGGUCCUUGCAGUCUUUUCCUUCUCUUUCCAAACAGAUACUGGAAGCUGUCCAAUCUGUGUAAAUGGUCUCAACUCGUCCACCAUUGAAGAUAGCUUUAUUGUUGCCGCCACACUAUUUUGCUAUUCAGUAAAUAAUGUAUAUUUAUUGAUAUUUCAUACGUUGUGUAUAUGUAGUGACCUAUGAUCAUCGAGGUUCAAAGAGUAAUUGUAUAUUUUUUUGACUUUGGAAAGAGGAGUGUGUCUCUUACAUUGUGUCCUUCCACUGCGCUGGUGUUUCAAUCUCCACUUUCUGUGGUCAGAUGUUUAAAUAUGUGACUGUCUCUUACCUUAUAUUUUGAAUAUAUUCUUUUUCUCUAUUCUGGUCAUAACUAAUGCAGACGUUUUGAAUUGAUCAAAGCACAUUCCUUAUUUUCUUGUGUUCUUUCGAAUGCUUUCCUGUUGCGACAAUACAAAAUUUGUUUAUACUAAUUGCUACUCACGUGUAUAUAAGUGCAUAUACCGGUAUGUGUACACGUUCAAUACACGAUAUUUGAGCAAUCUAUUACUGUGACUAUUAUUGAUGAAAAUAGCUGUCCCUUUGAAUUAUCCCUUUUUUCAUGAAUUGCAUUGUGCACAGCGCCACCUCAUGGGUUCCCUGAAUUGCAUUGUGCACAGCGCCACCUCAUGGGUUCCCUGAAUUGCAUUGUGCACAGCGCCACCUCAUGGGUUCCCUGAAUUGCAUUGUGCACAGCGCCACCUUGUGGGAACAGUGCAAUUGCAGCAAGGAUCUUAAAGGGAAGGUCGAGUCUCAUUACUGUUUUAUUUCAGGUUUUGUGUAAAUUAAAAAAAAAGCCCUUUUUUAUUACUCUCAUUGUAAUGUUGUGACAUCCUAUUUUUUUCUUUUUUUCCUUUUUAAAAAAAAAAAAAAGUGUUUUAAUUGUCUUAAACUCAAUAAAGCGAUUCACUGCUCCAAUACAAA